AUGGAUCUCGAGGACAAUGAAACAGACACCCGUGACAGCCAAGAAGUCACGUGGGCUAGGCACAAGAAAACCAAUGAUGAGCAGUCCAGUCAAGCACACAUCUCAGCCUAUUGUAUGGCCACCUUAGUGAGAGAUGAGACAGACCUCGAUAAGGAGGAACUGUGCGAGAUGUGCUUCAAUGGAGAGACCACAAGCAAGCCAACAGAGCGGCUUGAGGACUCAGAACUUGAAGGGUUCCCAAUGAACCCCAAAAUCCUAGCCAAGGCGCAACGCCUGGACAAGGAACUCCGCAAGAAAGUUGAGAAGAGCAAACAAGAGUACUCUAAGAAAGACAUAGAGGGACAUACACUCAUUUGCUAUAAUGAAAAGAUACUGGUACCGAAGGUACUACAGAAUCGAAUAGUUGCAUGGGUGCACCAUUACUUAGUGCAUCCAGGUGAGACACGAAUGGAAAAGACAAUAGGUCAAAUAUUGACAUGGCCCAAGAUGCGAGAUGAUAUCCGCCGCUUUGUCAAGUCUUGCCGAAAGUGCCAACUCUGCAAGUCAGCAGCUAAGAAGUAUGGCCACCUCCCAGCCAAGGAGGCAGAACCAUCUGUACCCUGGAAUAGAGUCAAUGUAGACCUAGUUGAGAGGCCAAGUGCUGACUGCUGCCAGAAAGCAUUAGAUGAUGCUUGGAUCAAUAUGUAUCCAAGGCCCCACUACAUUGGGUUCGACAAUGGCAAAGAGUUCAAGUCAGUCUUUGAAGAACUCGUCGAGAACUAUGGCCUGACUAAGAAGCCUAGUUCCCCGUACAACCCCCAAGCCAAUGGCAUUGUGGAACGGGUACACCAAGUCCUAGGGAAUAUGCUAAGGACUUUCGAAUUGGAAGAAGAGGAACUAGACGGCCAUGAUCCGUGGUCCUCCUUCCUAUCUGCUGCUGCCUAUGCCAUCAGGAGUACCUACCAUACUACCUUAGAGGCAACGCCGGCCGAACUGAUCUUCGGACGCAAUAUGCUCCUACCAGUCCAGUUCAAGGCUGACUGGGAAGCCAUAAGGGCACGCAGACAAGCAAUGAUAAAUAAGAACAAUGAACGGGAAAACAGCAAGCGCAUUGCGCACACCUACUCCAUAGGAGACAUGGUGUCAAAGGCUAGACCCGGGAUCCUUCGCAAGCUUAGACGCAAACGCGAUGGACCAUUCACAGUCACGCACGUGUAUACCAACGGCACUAUCCGCAUAAGGCAAGGUGCAAUCUCUGAACGGAUCAACAUCCGUAGAGUGCAACCAUUCUCUGAACCAGAGACCCCUGAAGCUUAA